CACUUUUUCAGAAGUCAGUUCAAAAUUUCUCGAUUAAUAUUUAAUAUUUAGUAGGAAAUAGUUUGGAACUUCCAAUUUGAAAGUUUAAACUGGGAUUUUAUACAAUAAAAUACCUAUCAUGUAAAAUUAUAAUAUUAUAUUAUUUCAAGUAAACUUAGUUUUUCUGUGUUAAAAAUAUUAUUUUAAAAUACAUCUUUAAUCAUCAGCGUAAUACUAUCCUAUUCUAUAAUGUUUGCAUCGUCAGAAAUUAAGGAGGACCGUAAACCUCGAUAUGGAGGAGGACCACACGGGUUGGGAGAUCCUGAUAGCUAUAAAUUAAGAAAAAUUGAACAAAAUGUAGUAAUACCAAAAAUUAUCAGAGAAAGAGCAAAAUAUGAAAAAUGUUCUGAAGAAAAUAAAGUGUUUGGAGAUUGUUGUUUGAAUACCGGAUUCUGGAUGUUCUAUAAAUGUAGAGCAGAAGUAAAAGGAUUAAAUGAUUGUAUGUCCAAGUGGUUUCAUAAUGAAGAUUUUAUUAAAGAAUGUCGAGAUCAAUAUUUACAAGAACGGAGACAAUAUAGACUAACAGGAGUUAAAAAAAAUGCAGAAGUACAGAAAAUAAGAAGUUGAAUAUUUCAAAAAAAAUCAUAGAUUAGAAAAAAUUGGCUAAAAAUAUAGUCAUUAAAUCUGUAUAUUUUUGUUUUUAGUCACACAAUAUACUAUUUUUUUUGUGUAAGGU